AAAAUUGGAAAGGCCAGAAUUCAGAGAGUUCUCGUUCUUGUGAGGUUGCAACAGCCAUGGCGGCCGGUCCUUCUCGCGGCAAUCCCUCUCCUAAAAACCCUUCCACCAUACGCAAAGCCAAAAAGCCUAAACGCCAGAAUCGUCUAACCCCGCAACUGCUCUCCCUACUAUCCUCUGCUACCUCCGCCGCCUACUCCUUCCUCAUUCACUCCGACCUUCUCCUGCUUCCUUCUCAAUCCCUCUCCCUCGAAUCUCUCCUCUCCUGCCUUUCCUAUCUUCUUCCUCCUCCUCCUCCUACUCGCACACCAUUUCAUGUAUCUUCCUCCCCCUGGUUCCAUCGGUUCCUAACACUUCCCCCUUCCGUCACAGACACUCUAUGGGCUCACCAUUUCCGAAUGUCAAAACCCACCUUCUCUCGACUCCUCUCUGCCCUCUCUCCUUCUCUGCCUUUCUCCCUUCAUCCAGAGUCUUCUCUUGCCGCUGCACUCUUCCGCCUCUCCCAUGGUGUCUCGUACAAAACCCUUGCCCUUCGCUUUGGUUUUCCCUCCUCUGCUGACGCCUGCCGUGCCUUCUACAUCGUCUGCAAACUGAUCAACGAAAAGCUAGGGAAUUUGCUCGAUUUUGAAGCUGAUAUCAACCGCAUUGUGGUGGGUUUUGGGUGGAUUUCGCUUCCCAAUUGUUGCGGGGUGUUGGGUUUUGGGCGAUUUGGGGUUGAUGGUGAGCUUAUGGGAUUGAAUGGAUCGAUUUUGGUACAGGCAUUGGUUGACUCCGAGGGUAAAUUUUUGGAUGUCUCUGCAGGAUGGCCCUGUACCAUGAAACCAGAAACAAUUUUGCGCCAAGCAAAGCUGUUUCUGCGUGUGGAGGAGUCCACUGAAUUGUUGAAUGGACCUUGUUAUAAGCUCCGUGACGGCAAUUCCAUUCCUCAGUACUUUCUUGGUGAUUCUUGCUUCCCUCUCUUGCCGUGGUUAAUAACCCCUUAUGUAAAGUCCAAUGAGGAGGGGAAUAGUUUUGGUUCACCAAAAAGGGAGUUCAAUGCCACACAUAGUCGGGCAAUGGAGCUAGUUUCCACUGCAUUUAGAAGACUUCGGUCUCGCUGGCAGCUUCUUUCUAAGAAGUGGAAAGCAGAAUCUUUGGAGUUCUUCCCAGUUGUAAUUGUUACGGGUUGUCUGCUGCAUAAUUUCAUGAUCCAGUGGAGUGAGCUUCCUCUGGAUGAAAACGUUGGAUGCUCGAGUGAGGAAGAGGCAGUGGCGCUGCCGGUUUUUGAAGGGGAAAUGGAUGUGAGCGGGCAGAGGAUCAGGGAUGUGCUUGCAGAGCACUUGUGUCGGGUGAGUUUGAGUAAAUGAAUGCUGUAAUUAUCUUCAGUAUCUUUUUCCUGUAUAUGUGAUGCGCUUAAUGAAACAAAUUUAAAGGGGGUAAGAAAAAUUAACUCUUACACGCUUAUGUGAUGUUAAAAAGUUUGGCUUCUACAUUUUGUAAGGGUAUGUAAGCAAAAUUAUUUUUAAGGUCACUCUAUAUUGAAGUAGCAUGUUGGGGAUAUAUAAGUUGUUAGCAGCAGUUAGGUCAAGAAAUGAAUAUAAUGCUGAUUCUUUGAAGGGAUUUGCUUCUUGACCUCUUAAUGAAGUUUAUGCACCGAAAGGCUUCAAGAAACAGUAUUUAAAUCU